AUGUCGUUAGGUAUAGCAAGUGGACCGCCGCCUGGGAGGCAUCUACCGAAGUCAGGACGAGUCCACCACCUGGAUCGUGGUCUCAAGCUGGGCCCAGGCUACAUCAACCUGGUGGCGUUACCUUCUUUUCUCGAGGUCAACGAAUCCUUCGUGGGACUACGCGCUCAGGUCAGCGGCUGGGGAUAUAUUAAUGGGAGUGAACCUUGCUGCCCGCAGAAUCUUCUGUGGACUGAGGUGACAGUUGUUCCCAACACAGUAUGUAGCGAGUUCUACAGUGCAGGCUACAUUAUUGAAAGUACGCUAUGUGCUGGAAACGACUACAGUGGCAUAUGCCGUGGAGAUAGUGGCACUGCUCUGGUUCUCAAGACCGGCGGAGGGUUCAAGCAGAUCGGGAUAGCGGGCUAUCUGACGAAGGACAUCUGCGGCGCGGCCGGGGUGCCCGGCGCCUACACCAGGGUUACCUCAGUCCUCGACUGGAUCACCAAGACGGCCCAGAUCAGCGUCUAG